AUGGUCCGUCUCAGCAACCUCGUGAGCUGCCUCGGCCUGGCCUCCGCGGUCACCGCAGCCGUGGUCGAUCUCGUUCCCAAGAACUUCGACGACGUCGUCCUCAAGUCCGGCAAGCCCGCUCUGGUUGAAUUCUUCGCUCCCUGGUGCGGUCACUGCAAGAACCUUGCGCCCGUAUACGAAGAGCUGGGCCAGGCAUUCGCCCACGCCUCCGACAAGGUCACCGUCGGCAAGGUUGAUGCGGACGAGCACCGCGACCUGGGCCGCAAGUUCGGUGUGCAGGGAUUCCCCACGCUGAAGUGGUUCGAUGGAAAGAGUGAUGAGCCGGAGGACUACAAGGGUGGUCGUGAUUUGGAGAGUCUGUCUUCGUUCAUCUCUGAGAAGACCGGUGUCAAGCCCCGUGGACCUAAGAAGGAGCCCAGCAAGGUGGAGAUGCUGAACGACGCGACUUUCAAGGGUGCUGUUGGUGGUGACAAUGAUGUUCUGGUUGCUUUCACCGCGCCGUGGUGUGGACACUGCAAGAACCUCGCUCCUACCUGGGAGGCUCUGGCCAACGACUUCGUCCUCGAGCCCAACGUUGUGAUCGCCAAGGUCGACGCCGACGCUGAGAACGGCAAGGCCACCGCCAGAGAGCAGGGCGUGUCCGGAUACCCCACGAUCAAGUUCUUCCCCAAGGGUUCCACGGAAUCUGUUCCCUACGAGGGUGCCCGCUCCGAGCAGGCCUUCAUUGACUUCCUCAACGAGAAGACUGGCACCCACCGUACCGUUGGUGGUGGUCUUGACGCCAAGGCCGGUACAAUUGCCAGUCUGGACGAGCUGAUUGCCAGCACUUCCGCUGCUGAUCUCGCCGCCGCGGUCAAGAAGGCUGCUGCUGAGUUGACGGACAAGUACGCUCAGUACUACGUCAAGGUUGCCGACAAGCUGAGCCAGAACGCCGAGUACGCCACCAAGGAGCUUGCUCGUCUGGAGAAGAUCCUGGCCAAGGGAGGAUCGGCCCCUGAGAAGGUCGACGACCUCAUCUCCCGCAGCAACAUCCUUCGCAAGUUUGUUGGCGAGGAGAAGGAGGCCAAGGAUGAGCUGUAG